AAAAAAAAAAAAAAAAAAUUUUUUCUAUAAAAUUAUCGUUAAUUAUUAUUAUAUUAUAUCUUUGAAAAAAAAAACAAAAACAAUGAUUUCAAAACUUUUAACGGAAACUCUUAUUCAAAUUUUUAACGAACUUGAACUUGAUGAAUUAUUUUCUUGUAUUCUGGUUAACAGAGAAUGGUGUAAAAUAGUUGUACCUAUUCUUUGGAGUGAUCCUUGGAAGAAUAUUGAUAUUUAUGUUGUAUUUAAUACUAAAUAUAUUGGACAUGGAAAUAUUAAAAAAUAUAUAUUACUUAUUUCAACAUAUAUAUCAUGUUUAUCAGAUGAUGAUCGAAAUAAUUUGAAAUUAUUCGGUAUACCAAUAUCAAAUUUAAAACCUUUCUUUGAUUAUCCAAUAUUUUUAAGAUAUUUAAAUUAUCAUCAUUUCAUUUUUUUAAUAAAUAAAUUUGUUUUUGAAAAAAUUGGAAAUAAUAAUGAUGAAAAUUUAACAAAAUUAAUUAUUAAAAAAAUUUGGAAUUUAUUUAAAGAAAAAUGUAAGAAACUUAAUCAUUUUGGAUUAUUAAAUCCUUAUGGAGAAAAUAUUAAUUAUAGAUUUGAUAAGAUUUUUAAUGAUGAUGAUGAUGAUUCUUUUAUUAUUAAUAAUAAUGGAAGUUUAGUAGAAAAUAAAAAUAUUUUUAAAAAUAUUACUUCAUUUCAAUGUGAUGGGAAUUUACAACCUUUAAUUUUAUUUAAAUUGGGAAAUAUUUGUAAAUUAAUACAAGAUAUUAAAAUUGAUAAUAUAUCUCAAGAUAAUGAAGGUAUAGCUUAUCUUAUAAAAUCUCAAAAAUCUAUACAAAAAUUAUUUUUAGGAUUUUAUUAUGAUACUCCUAAAUCAGGAUUUAUUAAAAUUGAAAAAGUUCUUAAAGGUAUUGAUUCUCUUAAUCAAUUAAUAUUAUCAGCGUUCAAAAUUAAAUUUUUUACAAAGCGAGAGAGUAGUUACAGGGAAUUAUUAAGAUAAAAUUAGCUGAUAUUAUUUCUUCAUAAGAUAUUAUUCACCGGGAUUCCUCAACCAGGGUUAAAUUAUUCAACGGGAUUCCCAAUUGAAAUUAUUCACCGGGAAUCAUAAGAUUAAAAUUGACCCAGGGGUUACAU